ACUUACAGCUGAUCCGUUGUGAAUGGCAAAAGCGGAAAAACAAGAAAGUAAACAAAAUGGCGAGAAAUGCGGAGAAAGCAAUGACCACAUUGGCACGUUGGCGGGCCGCCAAGGAAGUGGAAUCCGGCGAAAAGGAACGCCGCCCGUACCUGGCCUCAGAAUGUGGCGAUCUACCCAGAUGCGAGAAGUUCCGCUUGGAGAUUAUACGUGAAAUAUCCAAGAAAGUGGCACAAAUACAGAAUGCCGGUCUGGGCGAAUUCCGCAUACGUGAUCUGAACGAUGAGAUAAACAAGCUGCUGCGCGAGAAGCGUCAUUGGGAGAAUCAGAUUUCAUCGCUCGGCGGCCCACACUACCGGCGCUAUGGACCGAAAAUGUUUGAUGCGGAGGGUCGCGAGGUGCCAGGCAAUCGUGGCUACAAAUACUUUGGUGCCGCCAAGGAUUUACCCGGCGUGCGAGAACUCUUCGAGCAGGAUCCACCGCCACCUCCUCGCAAAUCCCGCGCUGAACUAAUGAAGGACGUGGAUGCCGAGUACUAUGGCUAUCGCGAUGAUGAAGAUGGAGUUCUCAUUCCGCUGGAGGAGCGAAUCGAGCGCGCAGCCCUGCAGAAGGCAGUGCAGGAGUGGCGCGAGAAAAUGGCUCGCGAUGGACGCAUAGUCGACGACGAGGAGGAGGAAGAAGAGAUCUAUCCACUUUCUGGUCCUGCUCGCGAGGCUGCCGAGGAUGCCAAGGCCAGGGCAGCCGUGGAAGAUCCACAUGGCCUGCUGGCGCCGAAGUUCACCGCCCAUGUGCCCGUGCCGACGCAGCAGGAUGUGCAGGAGGCGCUACUACGCAAGCGCAAACAGGAACUGCUCGAGAAAUAUGCCGGCGGUGCCAAUUAGGUUUCAAAUAAACUGACAAAUUUUCUAAUUU